ACCGCCGUGCGUCAGUUGCCAUCACGGUUGUAUCUCCAACAUGGCGUCGCUGGGAAGGAGGCGCGGUGUCCCAGUAAGCAGGGAGAGGGGAGUGAUGGCGGCGACAGACUGCUACAUUGUUCACGAGAUCUACAACGGGGAGAACGCACAGGACCAGUUUGAGUACGAGCUGGAGCAAGCACUGGAGGCCCAGUAUAAAUACAUUGUUAUCGAGCCCACGCGCAUAGGAGAUGAGACGGCCCGGUGGAUUACGGUGGGCAACUGCCUGCACAAGACGGCCGUGUUGUCAGGUGCCGCUUGCCUCCUGACGCCACUUUCACUGCCUCCAGAAUACUCGCGCUACGUGGCACUGCCCGCCGGCGCCCUCAGUGUUGCCUGCGCUGCCCUCUAUGGGAUUUCGUGGCAGUUUGACCCCUGCUGCAAGUACCAGGUGGAAUAUGACAGCCAAAAACUCUCGCGGCUGCCCCUGCACACGCUGACCUCCUCCACGCCUGUGGUCUUGGUACGCAGGGAUGACGUCCACAGAAAGAGACUUCAUAACACGAUAGCACUGGCCGCACUGGUAUACUGCGCCAAGAAGAUCUACGAACUCUAUGCUGUAUGAGCGCGCACUGAGGACGAUUUAAAAACCAACCAGAAAAAAGGAAGAAAAGCAAACAAACAAGAAAGCCUAUCCACACCCUGGUGUAUGAAAAGUGGAAGGUCACAAUCAGGCUCCACACUUAUGGUGGGUGCUCCCAUUUUGAACUUUGAUCAGAGGGAUAUAGUUAAAACGAGAAGGAAUUGUUUUUUUUGUUUUUUCCCCCCCCCCAUAAUGAUGUUUCCUUUAAGUCUCAGUGACAACCACAGCACACAUUAUCUCUGUAGUACCCCUGCGCCUCCUUCCCCACAGACUCCACCUGCAUUCUUGACACAUGAGAAGUUAGUGUACAGGGUCCAGCACUGGUUCAGAUGGACAGAUGUGAUUUGAGCUUUACCUCUUCCCUCGUAGUUUUACUGUAAUCCCUGACUUGCUGAUCAGUAUUCACCUUUUCAUUAAACAUUAGGAUAUUUGAAA